CUCUCUCUCUCUCAUAGCCAAAAGAAAAAGAGACUUCUCUUUCUCUUUCUCUUUGUAUUUUCAUUUUCAUUUUCAUCUUUUAUAUUUCUAUCUAGCUUCCCCACUUCCUUCUCUCUCCUCCUCCUCCUCUUCUUCUUCUUCUUCUUCUUCUUCUUCUUCUUCUUCUUCUUCUUCUCUCUCUAAUUGUUAUAUAGAGAGAGAAAGAGAAAGAGAAGGAGCUAGCACCCAUGAAGAACACCAUCAAGUGUUGCAUAUCUUGCAUUCUUCCAUGCGGAGCACUCGAUGUGAUUCGGAUAGUUCAUUCGAAUGGCCGCGUGGAAGAGAUCAGUGGAACAAUCCGAGCUGAAGAAAUCAUGAAGGCCCAUCCAAAGCAUGUCUUGAAGAAGCCUUCAUCGCCGUCCGAUGAAGGGGUUUGUCCCAAGAUUGUGAUCGUGCCACCGGACGCAGAACUUCAACGCGGGAAGAUUUAUUUCCUCAUGCCGGUGCCUUCCACGCCAGAAAAGACUCGUAGUUCCAAGUCAUCAAACAGAAGGAAGAAAAGAGAAUUAGCUGAAAACAAGAAUCCAAACAACAACCUCUCAGAGACAAACCUCCUCGUUUCGGAUAGGUAUUUGAGCGAAAUCCUAUCUGAGAAGGUGUCCACGCAGAGAGAUCGAAGGCGAGGCCGUGUCGGAGUGUGGAGGCCUCAUUUAGAAAGCAUCUCCGAGACAUCAACCGAAGCAUAAACCGGGUUUUUUUAUUAUUCUUCUUUUGAUUCAUUUCAAUCAAAUAUUAUCCAUUAGGGUUACAAAAAUGUUUGUAUAUAAACAUAGAGGGGUAAAAUAAUUAUAUGCCAAAAGUUGUGUGGUGAAGUUUGAAAAUCUGGUUGAUUACUCUGAACAGUUCUGGUUGGAUCUUGGCGUCGCCAAUAAACGGGCCAAAGUUGCCUUAUCGGUUCAUACUUUCAUGUCUUAAGCCUUCAUUGAAAGGUGGUCAAUUUAGCUGUAAUGUGGAUGUCUUGAGAGAGAGUUUUGCGAGUGUUUGUUUUUCUUUGGCAUCAAGAGUUAUCUGAGUUGAGAGAUUGGUAUUGAGAAAGAUCCCACUUGUACCGUUCAGUGUUUUAGCAAUUGCAUUAUUAUUUUUUGAACA